AUGCAGCUGCUUUACAGCAUUCUGCCGCUUUUUGGCCUGGCUUCUGCCUUCCCCCCUCAAAWCCCACCGCAGCACGUUCUAGAUGCUCGAGCAACUGGCUCACUUUCAUCCUGGCUCGCCUACCAGAGUCCUGUUGCUCUCCAGGGAAUCCUCGACAAUGUAGGCUCUUCGGGUGCCAAAGCAGGAGGCGCCAGCCCGGGAGUCAUUGUUGCAUCCCCUUCAAAGAGCAACCCCGACUACUUCUACACCUGGACCAGGGACGCUGGAUUGGUGACCAAAUGCCUGGUGGACCAAUUCCUCGCCGGCGGUCCUGCCAGUCUUGAGGGAACCAUCCAGGACUAUAUCAACGCACAGACUGUUGUACAGACAAUCAACAAUCCAUCAGGCGGUCUCUGCUCCGGUGGUCUCGCUGAGCCCAAGUACGAGGUUGAUCUGACCGCCUUCACUGGCGCCUGGGGACGACCGCAGCGUGAUGGCCCAGCUUUACGGGCCACUGCUAUGAUUGCAUAUGCAAACUAUCUCAUAAGCAAGGGCAAUACCAGCGUGGUGACUAACAUYAUUUGGCCUAUCGUGAGCAAUGAUCUAUCCUAUGUGUCGCAGAACUGGAACCAGACCGGUUUCGAUCUGUGGGAAGAGAUCAACAGCUCCUCAUUCUUCACUACUGCUGUGCAAUACCGAUCUUUGAUCGAAGGAUCUGCCUUGGCAGCAAAGAUUGGAAAGAGCUGUGCUCACUGCGACUCUCAGGCGCCUCAAGUCCUCUGCUUCUUGCAGUCCUACUGGACCGGAUCGUAUGCAUUAUCCAACACUGGUGGUGGCCGCUCGGGAAAGGACGCCAACUCGAUUCUGACGAGCAUCCACAUGUUUGACCCAGCUACUGGCUGCAAUUCCAACACCUUCCAGCCUUGUUCAGACAGGGCUCUCGCAAACCAUAAGGUCGUCACGGAUUCCUUCCGCUCCAUCUACUCGAUCAACAGCGGCAUCCCACAAGGCAAGGGAGUGGCGGUAGGGCGAUAUGCAGAAGACUCCUAUCAAGGCGGCCACCCUUGGUACUUGAGCACUUUUGCUGCCGCGGAGCAGCUCUAUGAUGCCAUCUAUCAGUGGAAACAACAAGGUUCGAUUGCAAUUACCGCAACGUCCCUGCCAUUCUUCAAGGACGUGUAUUCGUCUGCUGCCGUCGGAACAUAUGGCUCGUCUUCUGCGACAUUCACGUCCAUCAUAAAUGCAGUCGCGACAUAUGCUGAUAGCUACAUGUCGAAUGCGCAACAAUACACUCCUCAGAGCGGCGCUCUUGCUGAGCAGUAUUCUCGUUCGAACGGUAGCCCACUUUCGGCCACUGAUCUCACAUGGUCAUACGCUGCGUUUCUAACGGCCAAUAAUGCCCGGAAAGCGGCGAUGCCAGCUUCUUGGGGUGCUGCAGCGGCAAAACUUCCCUCUAGCUGUUCCCGCAGCUCAGCUAACGGACCGUGUGCUACUGCUACGAGCACCUUCUCUCGACCAACACCGCCAACUCCUACUUGCACCGCGACUCCGACUCUCACAAAAGUACUCUUCAAUGAGAUUGCCACAACCACAUAUGGCGAGAGUGUUUUCAUCGUUGGAAGCAUCCCGCAGCUUGGAAGCUGGAAUGUCAACAAUGCGAUUGCAUUGAGUGCCGACAAAUACACAAGUUCCAACAACCUUUGGUACGUUACGGUCAGCUUGCCUGCUAGUGGCAGCUUUGACUACAAGUACAUUCGCAAAGAGUCGGACGGAAGUGUAAGGURCGAGAGCGAUCCGAAUAGGAAGUACACCACUCCUUCCAAUUGUAGAGGCGAGGCCACGCAGAAUGACACUUGGCGAUGA